CACUGUGCCUGCCCCCAACUGCCUCACUUUCCCCGAUGGCGCAGGAACCAGGGGAGGUGGACAACAUGGAGGGCCUGCCUGCCCCUAACAACAACAACCCUGCCGCCCGCUGGGAGAGUCCGGAUCGGGGCUGGGAGCGGGAGCAGCUGGCCGCCUCCACCGCGGCCGCCUCGCUCUUUGAGUGCUCCCGGAUCAAGGCCUUGGCAGAUGAGCGGGAAGCUGUGCAGAAGAAAACCUUCACCAAGUGGGUGAAUUCGCACCUCGCCCGCGUGGGCUGCCACAUCGGGGACCUCUAUGUGGACCUCCGGGACGGCUUCGUGCUCACAAGGCUCCUGGAAGUGCUGUCUGGGGAGCAGCUGCCAAGGCCCACGCGGGGCCGCAUGCGGAUCCACUCACUGGAGAACGUGGACAAGGCGCUGCAGUUUCUGAAGGAGCAGCGCGUGCACCUGGAGAACGUGGGCUCGCAUGACAUAGUGGACGGGAAUCACCGGCUGACGCUGGGGCUGGUCUGGACCAUCAUCCUGCGCUUCCAGAUUCAAGUCAUCAAAAUUGAGACUGAGGACAACAGGGAGACGCGCUCAGCCAAGGAUGCUCUGCUCUUGUGGUGUCAGAUGAAGACAGCCGGCUACCCUGAGGUAAACAUCCAGAAUUUCACCACCAGCUGGCGGGACGGAUUGGCCUUCAAUGCCCUCAUUCACCGGCACAGGCCCGAUCUCGUGGACUUCAGCAAACUCACCAAGUCCAACGCCAACUACAACCUGCAGAGAGCCUUCCGCACAGCUGAGCAGCACCUGGGGCUGGCGCGGCUGCUGGAUCCUGAAGAUGUGAACAUGGAGGCCCCAGAUGAGAAGUCCAUCAUCACUUACGUGGUCUCUUUCUACCACUAUUUCUCCAAGAUGAAGGCUCUGGCUGUGGAGGGGAAGCGUAUUGGGAAGGUCCUGGACCAGGUGUUGGAGGUGGGGAAGAUCAUAGAUCGCUAUGAGGAGCUGGCGGCCGAGCUGCUGGCCUGGAUCCACCGGACCGUGGGCCUCAUCAGCAACCAGAAAUUUGCCAACUCUUUAAGUGGGGUGCAGCAGCAGCUCCAGGCUUUCACGGCCUAUUGCACGCUGGAGAAGCCUGUCAAGUUCCAGGAGAAGGGAAACCUGGAGGUGCUGCUCUUCAGCAUCCAGAGCAAACUUCGUGCCUGCAACCGUCGUCUCUUUGUGCCUCGGGAGGGCUGUGGCAUCUGGGAUAUUGACAAGGCAUGGGGUGAGCUGGAGAAGGCUGAGCAUGAGCGAGAGGCUGCCCUACGGGCUGAGCUGAUUCGGCAGGAGAAGCUGGAACUACUGGCACAGAGGUUUGACCACAAGGUGGCUAUGAGGGAGAGCUGGCUGAAUGAGAACCAGCGUCUGGUCUCCCAGGACAACUUUGGGUAUGAGCUGCCUGCAGUGGAGGCAGCCAUGAAGAAACACGAAGCAAUUGAGGCGGACAUUGCAGCCUACGAGGAGCGGGUGCAGGGCGUGGCAGAGCUGGCCCAGGCAUUGGCAGCCGAAGGCUACUAUGACGUCCGGCGGGUGGCAGCCCAGCGUGACAGCGUCCUGCGUCAGUGGGCCCUGCUAACUGGGCUUGUGGGUGCCCGGCGGACACGGCUCGAGCAGAACCUGGCCCUGCAGAAGGUCUUCCAGGAGAUGGUGUACAUGGUGGACUGGAUGGAGGAGAUGCAGGCUCAGCUGCUGUCCCGGGAGUGUGGGCAGCACCUGGUGGAGGCGGAUGACCUGUUGCAGAAGCAUGGACUGUUGGAGGGGGACAUUGCGGCCCAGAGUGAGCGGGUGGAGGCCCUCAAUGCCGCUGCCCUGCGCUUCUCCCAGCUGCAGGGCUACCAGCCCUGCGACCCGCAGGUCAUCUGCAACCGCGUGAACCACGUGCACGGCUGCCUGGCGGAGCUGCAGGAGCAGGCAGCGCGGCGGCGCGCGGAGCUGGAGGCCUCGCGGAGCCUGUGGGCGCUGCUGCAGGAGCUGGAGGAGGCCGAGAGCUGGGCGCGGGACAAGGAGCGCCUACUGGAGGCUGCGGGCGGCGGCGGUGCGGCAGGCUCGGCGGGCGGUGCGCACGACCUGUCUAGCACUGCGCGCCUCCUGGCCCAGCACAAGAUCCUGCAGGGCGAGCUGGGCGGACGGCGGGCGUUGCUGCAGCAGGCCCUGAGGUGCGGCGAGGAGCUGGCUGCGGCCGGCGGCGCCGUCGGCCCGGGCGCGGAGACGAUGCAACUCGUGGGGCUGGCGGAGCGCGCGGCGAGCGCCCGGCGCCGCUGGCAGCGGCUGGAAGAGGCGGCGGCGCGGCGCGAGCGGCGGCUGCAGGAGGCGCGGGCGCUGCACCAGUUCGGCGCUGACCUCGACGGGCUCCUGGACUGGCUUCGCGACGCUUACCGCCUGGCAGCCGCCGGUGACUUCGGCCACGACGAAGCGUCCAGCCGCCGCCUGGCGCGCCAGCACCGCGCGCUCACUGGGGAGGUGGAGGCGCAUCGCGGGCCAGUGAGCGGCCUGCGACGCCAGCUGGCGUCUCUCGGGGGCGCCAGUGGCGCAGGGCCACUGGUGGUGGCGCUGCAGGUGCGCGUGGUGGAGGCCGAGCAGUUGUUUGCGGAGGUGACUGAAGUGGCCGCUCUGCGGCGCCAGUGGCUGCGGGACGCGCUCGCUGUCUACCGCAUGUUCGGUGAGGUGCACGCGUGCGAGCUGUGGAUCGGCGAGAAGGAGCAAUGGCUGCUUUCCAUGCGCGUGCCCGAUUCACUUGACGAUGUAGAGGUGGUGCAACACCGAUUCGAGAGCCUGGACCAAGAGAUGAACAGCCUGAUGGGCCGAGUUCUGGAUGUGAACCAAACGGUCCAGGAGCUGGUGGAAGGAGGCCACCCCAGUUCUGAUGAGGUGCGCUCCUGCCAGGACCACCUCAACAGCAGGUGGAACCGCAUCGUGGAGCUAGUGGAACAGCGCAAAGAGGAAAUGAGCGCGGUCCUGCUGGUGGAGAACCAUGUGCUGGAAGUGGCCGAGGUGCGCGCCCAGGUGCGUGAGAAGCGGCGAGCUGUGGAGAGCGCGCCCCGCGCCGGCGGCGCCCUGCAGUGGCGUCUUAGCGGCCUAGAGGCCGCUCUGCAGGCGCUCGAGCCUCGUCAGGCGGCCCUUCUGGAGGAGGCAGCACUGCUGGCUGCGCGCUUCCCGACGCAGGCAGCGCGGCUGCACCAGGGCGCAGAGGAGCUGGGCGCCGAGUGGGGGGCACUGGCCAGCGCGGCUCAGGCUUGCGGCGAGGCGGUGGCGGCAGCAGGGCGUCUGCAGCGCUUUCUGCAUGACCUCGACGCUUUCCUGGACUGGCUGGUGCGCGCCCAGGAGGCGGCGGGCGGCAGUGAGGGGCCCCUGCCCAACAGCCUAGAAGAGGCGGACGCGCUGCUGGCACGCCACGCUGCGCUCAAGGAAGAGGUGGACCAGCGCGAGGAAGACUAUGCUCGCAUCGUGGCGGCCAGCGAAGCGCUGCUGGCCUCCGACGGUGCAGAGUUGGGCCCGGGCCUGGCACUAGACGAGUGGCUGCCGCACCUUGAACUUGGCUGGCAUAAACUGCUCGGAUUGUGGGAGGCGCGCAGGGAGGCACUGGUCCAGGCGCACAUCUACCAGCUGUUUCUGCGGGAUCUACGCCAGGCGCUCGCGGUGUUGUGUAACCAGGAGAUGGCGCUGUCUGGUGCAGAGCUCCCGGGCACGGUGGAAUCAGUGGAGGAGGCGCUGAAGCAGCAUCGGGAUUUUCUCACCACCAUGGAGCUGAGCCAGCAAAAGAUGCAGGUGGCCGUGCAGGCUGCGGAGGGCCUGCUGAGGCAGGGCAACAUCUACGGGGCACAGGCCCAGGAGGCUGUGACCCGGCUGCUGGAGAAGAACCAAGAAAACCAGUUACGGGCCCAGCAAUGGAUGCAAAAGCUACAUGACCAACUUGAGCUGCAGCACUUCCUCCGAGACUGCCAUGAGCUGGAUGGCUGGAUCCAUGAGAAGAUGCUGAUGGCGCGGGAUGGCACGAGGGAGGACAGCCACAAGCUGCAUAAGAGAUGGCUCCGGCACCAGGCAUUCAUGGCCGAGCUGGCUCAGAAUAAGGAGUGGCUGGAGAAGAUUGAGAGGGAGGGCCAGCAGCUGAUGCAGGAGAAGCCCGAACUGGCGGCCUCUGUGCGGAAGAAACUGGGCGAGAUCCGCCAGUGCUGGGCAGAGCUGGAGAGCACCACCCAGGCCAAGGCACGGCAGCUCUUUGAGGCCAGCAAAGCAGACCAGCUGGUACAGAGCUUCGCUGAGCUGGACAAGAAGCUCCUCCACAUGGAGAGCCAGCUGCAAGAUGUGGACCCUGGAGGGGACCUGGCCACCGUCAACAGUCAGCUCAAGAAGCUACAGUCCAUGGAGUCGCAGGUAGAGGAAUGGUACCGCGAGGUGGGAGAGCUACAGGCCCAGACUGCGGCGCUUCCGCUGGAACCCGCGAGCAAGGAGCUGGUGGGCGAGCGGCAGAACGCGGUGGGCGAGCGCCUGGUGCGCCUGCUCGAGCCGCUGCAGGAGCGCCGCCGCUUGCUGCUGGCCUCCAAGGAGUUGCACCAGGUGGCGCACGACCUGGACGACGAGCUGGCAUGGGUUCAGGAGCGGCUGCCACUGGCCAUGCAGACAGAGCGAGGCGACGGCUUACAGGCGGUCCAGCAGCACAUCAAAAAGAACCAGGGAUGUGUCAUCAGUGGAGGUGCUCAUCAACUACCACCAGGGCCUGAAGACUGAGCUGGAGGCGCGGGUGCCUGAGCUGACUGCCUGUCAGGAGCUGGGGCGAUCUCUGCUGCUCAACAAAAGUGCCAUGGCUGACGAGAUCCAGGCACAGCUGGACAAGCUGGGAACCAGGAAGGAGGAGGUGUCGGAAAAGUGGGACCGCCAUUGGGAGUGGCUGCAGCAGAUGCUGGAGGUACACCAGUUCGCCCAGGAGGCAGUGGUGGCUGAUGCCUGGCUCACAGCCCAGGAGCCAAUUCUCCAGAGCCGGGAGCUGGGCAGCAGCGUGGAUGAGGUGGAGCAGCUUAUCCGGCGACACGAGGCCUUCCGAAAAGCGGCUGCAGCCUGGGAAGAGAGAUUCAGCUCUCUGCGGCGCCUGACCACGAUCGAGAAAAUCAAGGCGGAACAGAGCAAGCAGCCGCCCACCCCGCUGCUGGGGCGCAAGUUCUUUGGGGACCCCACGGAACUGGCGGCCAAGGCGGCGCCCCUGCUGCGGCCAGGGGGUUAUGAAAGGGGCUUGGAGCCCCUGGCCCGCCGGGCCUCGGACACGCUGUCGGCCGAGGUGCGGACCCGGGUGGGGUACGUGCGCCAGGAGCUCAAGCCUGAGCGCCUCCAGCCGCGCAUUGACCGGCUGCCGGAGAUCCCGGGGAGGGUGGAGCCCGCAGUCCCACCGGCCGCACCAGAGGACGCGGCGGAGACCCCCGCGACCCCCGUGGCCCCUGUGGUGGCGGAGCAGGUCCGGCCACGGCCGGAGCGCCAGGAGUCAGCUGAUCGCGCGGAGGAGCUGCCCAGGAGGCGGCGGCCCGAGAGGCAAGAGUCGGUUGAUCAAUCCGAGGAGGCUGCGCGGAGGCGGCGGCCGGAGCGGCAGGAGUCAGCGGAGCACGAGGCGGCACACAGCCUUACCCUGGGCCGCUACGAGCAGAUGGAGCGACGGCGCGAGCGGCGUGAGCGGCGCUUGGAGCGGCAGGAGUCCAGCGAACAGGAGAUGCCCAUCAGAGGAGACCUGGUCAAGGGGAAGGCCACCCUGGCUGACAUUGUGGAACAGCUGCAGGAGAAAGAGGCAGGCCCAGGGCUGCCUGCUGGGCCGUCGCUGCCUCAGCCACGCGAGCUUCCCCCUGGCCGCCUGCCCAACGGGCUUGAGCCGCCCGAGCGGACACCUCGGCCGGACCGGCCCCGGGCGCGGGACCGGCCCAAGCCGCGACGGCGGCCGCGGCCCAGAGAGGGUGGUGAGGGCGGGGGAAGCCGGCGCUCGCGCUCCGCCCCGGCCCAGGGCGGCUCCGCCCCCGCGCCUCCGCCACCGCCCACUCACACAGUGCAGCACGAGGGCUUCCUACUGCGCAAGCGCGAGCUCGACGCUAACCGCAAGUCGUCCAACCGGUCGUGGGUGAGCCUAUACUGUGUGCUUAGUAAGGGGGAACUGGGCUUCUACAAGGACUCCAAGGGCCCGGCAUCCGGGAGCACACACGGCGGGGAGCCUCUGCUCAGCCUGCACAAAGCCACCAGCGAGGUGGCUAGUGACUACAAGAAAAAGAAGCAUGUCUUCAAGCUCCAGACCCAGGAUGGCAGUGAAUUUUUGCUCCAGGCAAAAGAUGAGGAGGAGAUGAAUGGCUGGCUGGAGGCUGUGGCUGUCUCGGUGGCGGAACACGCAGAGAUCGCCCGCUGGAGCCAGACACUACCCACUACUUCAUCCACAGACGAGGGCAAUCCCAAGAGGGAAGGCGGAGACCGCAGGGCCAGCGGGCGCAGGAAGUGACUUCCCACCCCCAUGGCCUGACACAUCUCGUCGCCCCUUUUUUCCGCACUGUGGGCACAAAGACACUUUUUUUUUCCACAGGGGCGGGAGCCCCUAGUCCCAACACUGAGGACGUGUGACCUGGUGGGCACUGGAAAGGAGGGGACUUCUCCUGCACCCCAAGAAUUGGUGGGGAGAUCGCUGCCCCUAUAGCCAUAUCUCGGCCCCUUCCCACUCACCACCCCCACCCCAGGUGCUGGGGCUCCCUUAUUUUUAUGCAAUAACUGAGCUUGAUGGGGGUGGGCAGGGGGCCAGUUGAGCCAAGCCCCCUGCCCCUAUCUGCAGAUCCUGCCCCAAGAAGCUGGGGUGGUGGGGGCGAUAAAUCCUGCCCCCCUUUCCGCCCUAGGGAUGGGCACGGGGGCGCUGGUGAGGUCCCCUGGACCAUCCAGGGUGCUAGGGGGUAGGGAGGGGACACCCCCUCCCCGCCUUUACCUCACUUCCAAUGCUGCCUUGAUCUCUGUCUGGGAGGGGGGAGUGAAGGGGCCCUAACCUCUGCACUCUGCCGCCUCAGAGCCAUGCGGUUAAUUCCUGACUUAGUUUAUUUUUGCAAAACGUCGAUCUCCUCCUCCCCCGCCCCGCAUCCGCGAAGGCUUUUAAUGGGAGGGGCGUCAAAGCUCAAAACUGUCUUCCUCUCCCCCCCCCCAGUUGUAAAUGCCACUACAUGAGGGGAGGGGCGAGGGGAAGCCCUCCCCCUGCAUGCUUCUGGCUGGAGCACCUCCUUGGGGAGUCGGGGACCGGGUUGUGGGCAGCCCCCAUGGCCGCCUGGAGAAGCCGCUGAGGCCCGGGAGUGUGCGGCGGUGUGGCGGGCGCACACUGUAUGUACCUGUAAUAAACCCUUUGGCUUUGA